GGCAGUGACGCGUCCUCCUCUCGCGAGAGGUCGGGUGGCGCGCGGCCGGCGGCGGCCGCUCCCCAUAAAUAGCGGGGCGAGGCCGGGCCUGCGCAGGCCGUGGCGGUGCCCGAGCUGCGGUUGGCUGUGCCCCUCCAGGCUUUUCCCGGGCUGUGUGAGAUUCAAGACCUGAAAAAAUGGCAUUGGCAGCAAUUGAUCCACAGCAGAACAUUGUAUCGAGGGUUGCUAACCUUCCCUUGGUGAGCUCCACCUAUGAUAUGGUGUCCACAGCUUACAUCACCACAAAGGAUAACCAUCCUUAUCUGAAAUCAGUAUGUGAGAUAGCAGAGAAAGGAGUGAAGACGAUUACUUCAGUAGCCGUGACAAGUGCUAUGCCUAUCAUCCAGAAACUGGAACCACAAAUUGUAGUUGCCAACAACUAUGCGUGCAUAGGUCUGGACAAAAUUGAAGAGAGACUACCUAUUUUGAAUCAACCCACUGACAAGGUUGUUGCUAAUGCCAAGGAUGUAGUUGUGGGAGCUAGAGAAGCUGUAACAACCACUGUGACUGGUGCCAAGGAAACUGUUGCUCACACGAUCACUGGAGUUGUGGGCAAGACUAAAGAAGCGAUGCAAGACAGCGUAGAAAUGACCAAGUCAGUUGUCAAUGGCAGCAUUAACACUGUCCUGGGAAGUCGUGUGGUGCAGAUGGUGAGCAGUGGAAUGGACAGUGCUCUCACUAAAUCGGAGACCCUUGUUGACCAGUAUCUCCCACUUACAGAAGCAGAACUAGAGAAAGAAGCUGCAAAAGUUGAAGGUUUUGAAGUUGGAGUUCGAAAGCCAAGCUACUACAUUAGACUAGGAUCCUUGUCUUCAAAGGUUCGCACACGUGCCUACCAUCAAGCCUUAAACAAAGUUAGAGAUGCUAAACAGAAAAGCCAGGAGGCAAUCUCUCAGCUCCACCACACUGUUAGUUUGUACAUUGAGUCAAGAACUCUAGCUAUUGCCCGGACCCUCACUCAGCAGCUUCAGACCACCUGCCUCACACUGGUUUCAAGCCUACAGGGGCUGCCACAGAAUGUGCAGGAUCAGGUUUACAAUGUUGGGUCAAUGGCAGGUGAUGUCUACCAGAGCUUUCGGUCAGCAUCCUCCUUCCAGGAGUUAUCAGACAGCUUUCUCACAACUAGCAAAGGACAGCUGAAGAAAAUGAAGGAGUCUCUGGAUGAUGUGAUGGAUUAUCUUGUUAACAACACACCGCUCAACUGGCUGGUAGGUCCCUUUUACCCACAACUGCCUGGCCUUCAGCAUGCUGAGAGCAAAGGUGAAGGGGAGAAAAAUUCCAGCCAGAAAGACAAACAGCCUGAACACGCUAUUGAAUAAACUGCAUGGCACAUGUGUACUCUGCUGACUGACCAAACAAGUAGCCUUAGCAAGUGUAGCUGUCAAAAGCCUUGGAGAAAAAUCCAUAAACAUACAAGUGGAAUAAGCAUAGAGGAAAAAGGACACUCACGCAUGACCUGCAUUGUCCUUUGUAGUUAAGCCACUCUUAACUUAAACUGUCUUGAGUGCCAAAAUACUGGCAGCUUACAGUUGUCAAGAUGCUUGUUUGUCAAGUUAAGAAACCUCACCAUGCUUAUUAAUGGUAUUAAUACCAUUAGUCUAAAUAAAACGUGCCAUAGGUAAAAGCAUUUGAUUUGUUGCUUAAUCUGUACCAGAAUGAUAUAAAAACCUUGCAUACUAUGAAAUGCAUUUAAAAGCCCUGCAGUCUAGCUAGAUAUGUGCGAUCCACAGCAAAUAUGGAAUUCAGACAUUUGAUGAUUAUGGAUUUGACUGUCUCAAAUUCUGCUGCUACACAGUUCAUGACAAAAGGUCUGUGAGUACAGAAUUCCAAAGCUGAAAGUGGGGUUUCUGAAUGAGUCAGCUGGAGUUACUUAAAUGCUGUGACAGUGUUAACAUUAACUAUUAACUAUCUAAACUUAACUAUUGUAUAACAUAGUAACCUGACCACAGAAUUCUGGAGUAUCUAAACUUGUAAGGGGAUCCAUAAGGAUCAUGGAGUCCAACUCCCUGCUCCUUGCAGGACUACCUAAUACUAAACCAUAUGACUCAGUGUUGUCUGCAUGCUCCUUGAACUCUUGACAGGCUUGGUGCCAUGACUGCUUCCCUGGUGAGCCUGUUGCAGUAACAGACCAAAUCAUUAUCAACAUGUUUUUCUAAUAUACAGUAUAAAGACAAGAUUCAUGCUGUUUGUACCCAGGUGCCUGAUGUUGUGUGGGUUGUUGUUUUUUUUGUAGCCAUCUUUUUGUAAUUCAUUUUGUAUAUUAGCAAUAAAUGCUUCAGUAGCCAAA